AGGAGUUAGCGGAAGAGUUACCUGGGACCCAUUUGGGACAUGAAUAUGCCUGGUAGGAAUGUGAACCCAGCCUUACUUCCAGCAGUUCUUCCCUUUCCUGCCAAGACUUGUUAGUGCCUCUCAUUCUGUUCUCUGGACCCAGGCUGUACGCCAGAGCCUUCUUGCCUCAGCACUGUGAUUUAAAUUUUCAGCAGAAUCGCAGUACAGGUUAAGCGUGGCGCAUACUAGAUCAUAAUUUUUGGCCAAGUUGUGCGUCUAAUACAGAAUUAAGUCAUCAGUUCAACAAGACUUGGAGUUCAUUUUCUCCAUCUUUCCCAUUCGUUAUAGUCUCAGUUUUCUCAAAAGCCCUCUCUAGGCCAGAAACAGUCUUACCGUUUUUGUUUCCCGCACCUAAGUCCGGCAGGUAAGAACCCGUGAGAAGAUUCUAAGAGGCGUAUUUCUUCUAUUUGGCGCAAUCUCGACCCUGCCUCUCCGAAAGUGAGUGCGCAGAGGUCGCUUUCCGCCAGCAAGCGGCGCUAAUCCACCGCCCAGGACAGACCCACUAAGUUUUUCCUCAGGAUUUGAAGUUUUGAACUUUUACAAGUGUCAGAAAGGUCAAUUCACAAGUUUAGAGUAAUGCGCUAAGGCACGAGUGGUGGGUGCUCCAGCCUCGGGUGGGCUGCAGAAGGCGCGCGGUGUGGCUGAGCGCCCCUCCGACCUCUGGGGUCCACAGUGUGGACUUGGCGCUGGGGAAGCUUCGGAGGUGCGCGCGGGGGCGGGUGCCGGCGCCCCGGGCAGGUGAGGGCAGAGGGGCGCGCUGCGCGUGGGAUCAGCCUGGCGCAGACCGGUGGCUCGGAGGACCUAGCGCCUUCCUCGCCCCCUCCCCCUCGCCGCGCGGGGCCAGCCCGGCCGCUCCUCCCCUGGGUGGGUCCCCGCUCCUUUUCUGGCAGGGUCUAUUUGCAUAGAGGAAACUGCCCAAAGUGGCCGCUGCGCAGGAGCUGGCGGCGGCGAAGGGGGCGUGCGCGGCGAUCCGCUGCUACCCGGCGGCUAAGCCCCGCGCCCGCGGACCUCGUGCCUUGGGCUGUGCCGCCUGCUUCUCUUGCACUCAGCCUGUACCCCAGCUCAGCACCGCCCCCUCGGAGAGUCCACGCGCGACAAACGCGCCAUGGGCCCAGGCGAGCGCGCCGGUGGCGGCGGCGACGCGGGGAAGGGCAAUGCUUCGGGCGGCGGCGGCGGCGGAGGGCUCUCGGCGACGCCGGCCGGGUCCCGGGCGGUGAGCGCGCUGUGCCUGCUGCUCUCCGUGGGCUCGGCGGCUGCCUGCCUGCUGCUGGGUGUCCAGGCAGCCGCGCUGCAGGGCCGGGUGGCGGCGCUCGAGGAGGAGCGGGAGCUGCUGCGGCGCGCGGGGCCGCCCGGCGCCCUGGACGCCUGGGCCGAGCCACACCUGGAGCGCCUGCUGCGGGAGAAGUUGGACGGACUAGUGAAGCUCCGGACUGCUCGGGAAGCCCCAUCUGAAUGUGUCUGCCCCCCAGGCCCCCCUGGACGGCGCGGCAAGCCUGGGAGAAGAGGCGACCCUGGUCCUCCAGGGCAAUCAGGACGCGAUGGCUACCCGGGACCCCUGGGUUUGGAUGGCAAGCCCGGACUUCCAGGCCCGAAAGGGGAAAAGGGUGCACCAGGAGACUUUGGCCCCCGGGGAGACCAAGGACAAGAUGGAGCUGCUGGGCCUCCGGGGCCCCCUGGACCUCCUGGGGCCCGGGGCCCUCCUGGCGACACCGGGAAAGAUGGCCCCAGGGGAGCACAAGGCCCAGCGGGCCCCAAAGGAGAGCCUGGACAAGACGGCGAGAUGGGCCCGAAGGGACCUCCAGGGCCCAAGGGUGAGCCUGGAGUACCCGGAAAGAAGGGCGACGAUGGGACACCAAGCCAGCCUGGACCACCAGGGCUCCCUGGACCACCAGGGCCCAAGGGCGAGCCAGGGAGCGAGGGGCCUCAGGGCAAGAGUGGCGUGGGCGGUGCCCCAGGACCAAAGGGGGAGCCUGGCCACCGAGGCACGGACGGAGCUGCAGGGCCCCGGGGUGCCCCAGGCCUCAAGGGCGAGCAGGGAGACACAGUGGUGAUCGACUAUGAUGGCAGGAUCUUGGAUGCCCUCAAGGGGCCUCCCGGGCCACAGGGGCCCCCAGGGCCACCAGGGAUCCCUGGAACCAAGGGCGAGCUUGGAUUGCCUGGUGCCCCAGGAAUCGAUGGAGAGAAGGGUCCCAAAGGACAGAAAGGAGACCCAGGAGAGCCUGGGCCAACUGGACUCAAAGGGGAAGCAGGCGAGAUGGGCUUGUCCGGCCUCCCGGGCGCUGAUGGCCUCAAGGGGGAGAAGGGGGAGUCGGCAUCUGACAGCCUACAGGAGAGCCUGGCUCAGCUCAUAGUGGAGCCAGGGCCCCCUGGCCCCCCUGGCCCCCCUGGCCCCCCAGGCCCAAUGGGCCUCCAGGGAAUCCAGGGUCCCAAGGGCUUGGAUGGAGCAAAGGGAGAGAAAGGCGCGUCUGGUGAGAGAGGCCCCAGCGGCCUGCCUGGGCCAAUUGGCCCACCGGGCCUUAUUGGGCUGCCAGGAACCAAAGGAGAGAAGGGCAGACCCGGGGAGCCAGGACUAGAUGGUUUUCCUGGACCCCGAGGAGAGAAAGGUGAUCGGAGCGAGCGUGGAGAGAAGGGAGAGCGAGGGGUCCCCGGCCGGAAAGGAGUGAAGGGCCAGAAGGGCGAGCCGGGACCACCGGGCCUGGACCAGCCGUGUCCUGUGGGCCCCGACGGGCUGCCUGUGCCUGGCUGCUGGCAUAAGUGACCCACAGGCCCAGCUCACACCUGUACAGAUCUGUGUGGACAUUUUUAAUUUUUGUAAAAACAAAACAGUAAUAUAUUGAUCUUUUUUCAUGGAAUGCGCUACCUGUGGCCUUUUAACAUUCGAGAGUGUGCCCACCCAGCCCCAGAGCCACUGGUACAUGAAGCUGCUGGAAAGUGGACAGGCCAGACCUGGGAGAUGUAUACCUGAGGGGCACCCUCGGGCCUGGGCUUUCCCAGGAAGGAGAUGAAGGUAGAUGCACCUGGCUCGGGCAAGGCUAGAAAGAUGCUACAUUGGGCCUUCAGUCACCUGAUCAGCAGAGAAACUCUGAGCUGUGUAAGAACCUGCCCCCAAACACUCUGGAGUCCCUGGGACACCCCCUAUCCAAGAAGACCCAGGGGUGGAACAGCGGCUGCUGCUCCCGGCCUCACCAGCCUCCAAACUCAACCACAACCAGCUGCCUCUACAGUUGGACAAGACUUGGCCCCUGGACAAGACUCGCCCAGCACUUGCAGCUGGGCCCGGGGAGCAGUGAGUGAAAAUCCCCCAAGAGGGUCUAGCUCCUAGUGUAUUCAGUCGGCCUCAGAAGGCCAGUCUGCCCUGAGAACACAUGUCCUCUGGCCAGAAGUAGUGGCUGAGCUGUGAUCGCUGUGAUGUGGACCCAGCUCCAGGGGGCAGAGUGUCGGGGAUGGAGGGGCCCAGGCUGGACUGACUGCUCCUUCCUGUGUCUGUUUCCAUAUCACCCAGAGAGAGACAAGAUGGGACAUGGCCUGGCCCAGGGAGGCAGGCCUCCCACUCAGAGUCUGGGUCUCACUGGCCCCAGGUCUGUCACCCAGAACUCUGGCCAAAAAUGGCUCUCUAGGUGGGCUGUGCAGGCAAAGCAAACCUCAGGCUGGUUCACAGCUGUCCUGAGCAAAGGGCCUGCCACCAGACCCACCCGCGCUCUGACGAGAGGCUUUUCCACCUCUAGCAAGUGUUUCCAGCAACCAGCUCCAUCCUGGCUGCUUGCCUUCCAUUUCUGUGUAGAUGGAGAUCACUGUGUGUAAUAAACCACAAGUGUGUGUCUG